GCGGAGGGAGCCCGCGGACAUGGCGGAGACCGUAGCGGACACCCGGAGGCUGAUCACCAAGCCGCAGAACCUCAAUGACGCCUACGGGCCCCCCAGCAACUUCCUCGAGAUCGACGUGAGCAACCCGCAGACCGUGGGCGUCGGCCGGGGCCGCUUCACCACCUACGAGAUCAGGGUCAAGACAAAUCUACCUAUUUUCAAGCUGAAGGAAUCCACUGUUAGAAGAAGAUACAGUGACUUUGAAUGGCUGAGAAGUGAAUUAGAAAGAGAGAGCAAGGUCGUGGUCCCCCCGCUCCCUGGGAAAGCAUUUUUGCGUCAGCUUCCCUUUAGAGGAGACGAUGGAAUAUUUGAUGACAGUUUUAUUGACGAAAGAAAGCAAGGGCUGGAGCAGUUUAUAAACAAGGUCGCUGGUCAUCCCCUGGCACAGAACGAACGUUGUCUCCACAUGUUUUUACAGGACGAAAUUAUAGAUAAAAGCUAUACUCCGUCUAAGAUAAGACAUGCUUGAACUUUAACAAGAAGAAGCAAGGAAAGAAAAGAAAAAAAAACUUUCUGUGACUGUUAUUGAUUGAUGUGCACCAGUGAAGAAGUCCUAGCUGACUGCAUGCAGCACAGAGACUGGUAUAACACGCCUUCCGUAUACUAACACUCAUGCGCUCAAGUUUGCUUGGUUUGCUUCUGGCAGUUGCCGAGAAGUUCAUUUGCUUUAGUGAAAAACCCCUCAUUCUAGCCUUCCUGUCCGAAUAGCUCCUCCUCACACUUUCAUUGUAGCGCACACCAUAACCUCACGAACCUGUUAGCCCAGCGUAUUCAGCAGUGUCCUAACUAAAGCUACUGACGUGGUCUUACCUGCACAACUUUCUGUGUCAUGUUUGCUUCUUGAAUCCGACUAGACUUUCUCCCCUCACCCCCUUUCUAAGGUGUGAUGGGUGCAGGAGCACCACAUCACUGGUUUCCAGUACCCGGCUGUAAGAUACAUGCUGUGUGCAGAAAGUAUCUUCCUUCAGGCUUGGCAUACCCUUCACAUGAGAGAUCAAUGAGGGAAAUCUUUAUAUUCUGUAAAAAGGAAAAAACAAAAAAUCAAAUUUAUAUACUAAAAUCAUUUGUCUAAAAAUUUAAGUUGUUUUCAAAUAAAAGGCAUUUCUGACAAAAAAAAAA